AUGGCUCCUACUGGUGGAAGCAGCGGAGGUGGAGGUGGAGGAGGGGGCAAUAUCAAGGUCGUGGUCCGUGUGCGACCCUUCAACAAUCGCGAAAAUGAACGAAAUGCGAAAUGUAUUGUUCAAAUGCAAGGGGCGCAGACCGUCUUGCAACCGGAUGCAGAAGAACGCCUCAAAAAGGGUGGAAAAGGAGGUGAACACACUCAAAAGACGUUCAAGUUCGACAAGUCGUAUUGGUCCUUCAACAAGUCAGAUCCUAAUUAUGCCGGCCAGGAUAACUUAUUCAAUGACCUGGGAGUUCCUCUACUGGAUAAUGCUUUUCAAGGCUACAACAAUUGUAUCUUCGCCUAUGGUCAGACUGGAUCAGGAAAGUCUUACAGCAUGAUGGGUUAUGGUGAGGACGCUGGUGUCAUUCCCCGUAUCUGUCGAGAAAUGUUUGAAAGAAUAAAGGGUGUGCAGACCGACCCUCACCUAACCUGCACUGUUGAAGUUUCUUACCUCGAAAUUUAUAAUGAACGUGUACGAGAUCUACUAAAUCCUGCUACAAAGGGCAAUCUUAGAGUCAGAGAGCACCCCUCCACCGGUCCAUAUGUUGAAGACCUCGCAAAGUUGGCCGUGAGGUCAUUCCAAGAAAUCGAGAAUUUGAUGGAUGAAGGGAACAAAGCCAGAACGGUGGCUGCAACAAACAUGAAUGAAACUUCCAGUCGUUCUCAUGCUGUCUUCACUCUUACCCUGACACAAAAGCGACACGACGCGGAAACCUCAAUGGACACUGAAAAGGUCGCCAAAAUAUCUCUGGUCGACCUGGCAGGUUCUGAGAGAGCUACUUCGACCGGCGCGACUGGAGCUCGUUUGAAAGAAGGUGCCGAGAUCAAUAGGUCUCUUUCAACUCUUGGUCGAGUCAUUGCGGCACUGGCGGAUCUCUCGUCAGGCAAGAAGGGACUCAAAGUUCCAUAUCGAGACUCGGUCUUGACUUGGCUUCUGAAGGAUUCUCUUGGUGGAAACAGCCUGACUGCCAUGAUUGCUGCCAUUUCGCCAGCUGACAUCAAUUUUGAGGAGACACUGAGUACCUUGCGCUAUGCAGACUCUGCCAAAAGAAUUAAGAACCACGCAGUCAUUAAUGAGGAUCCUAAUGCCCGUAUGAUUCGUGAACUCAAGGAAGAGCUGGCGAAACUCAGAAGUCAACUUGGAGGGGGUCCCGCUGGUGUUGGAGAAGAAAUAUACCCUCCUGAUACUCCACUUGACAAACAAAUGGUCUCGAUGGUUCAAGCUGAUGGCUCGAUCAAAAAAGUAAGCAAGGCCGAAAUCAUGGAUCAACUCAACCAGAGUGAGAAGCUAUACAAGGAUCUGAAUCAAACUUGGGAGGAGAAACUUCAGAAUACCGAGCAGAUUCACAAAGAACGGGAAGCGGCCCUAGAAGAAUUGGGUAUCAGUAUUGAGAAAGGCAACGUCGGGAUGAGCACACCCAAGAAAAUGCCCCAUUUGGUCAAUCUUAGCGACGACCCUCUGCUUGCUGAAUGCCUUGUCUAUAAUCUGAAGCCUGGAAUCACCACCGUGGGCAAUGUUGAUUCUGAGACUGCCUCGGAGAUUAGACUGAACGGGUCCAAAAUCUUGGAACAUCACUGCAGGUUGGAGAACGUGGAAAACGUUGUCACAAUUAUACCCAACGAGAAUGCUGCGGUUAUGGUCAACGGUAUCCGCGUUGACAAGGCCAAGAGGCUCAAAAGUGGGAACCGCAUAAUCUUGGGGGAUUUCCACAUUUUCCGAUUCAAUAACCCUCUGGAGGCAAAAGCUGAGCGUGCUGAGAGGAGUCUGCUGAGACACUCCGUCACUGCCAGUCAAAUGAACUCUCCGUCACCGACACCCUUCAGACCAGGACAUGAACGUUCAUGGAGUGCUGCUGGAUCUGAGUUUGAUGGAGACUCCAGCAGAGCCCAGUCACCCGGCUUGAGUAAUCGAGAUUCAGAUUGGUCUUUCGCCAGACGAGAGGCAGCUGGAGCUUUGCUCGGAACAGAUCAGAAAAUCACUCAACUGACUGAUGAGGAAUUGGACAACCUCCUUGAAAACAUCCAACGAGCUCGCGAAGAGCGUCGAGGUCGACCUGAAAAUAGGAUUGGCGAACUCGAUGACGACUCUGAUGACCUGUCCUCCUUCCUGGUUCGAGAUAAAUACAUGUCUGGUGGAACCACCGACAACUUUUCUCUUGAUACUGCACUGACCAUGCCAGCUACACCUUCUACACACAUGGGCUCACAAGAAGGUGAACCUACGUUAACACAGGCUGAAUUCGUGCAAGAAGCUCAACAAGCCGAACGGGCAAAGGCUGAUGAUGAGCAAGCAGCCUCCGAGAGAGCAGAGAGACAGGCAGAACAGGAAGCAAAGACGAGUCAGAUGCAACAGCAACUUGACCAAGCCAAGCAAGAAUUCCAAGAGGAGCUUCGCAAACAAAAAGAGGCCUUUGAAGAACAGAUUAAACAGAUGGAUCUGGAGGUCCGGACUCAAAAGGCAGCCCGGACUCCAGCAGGAUUUAUACCACUUACCACCGCUGAGGUUGCGAUUGCACGCAAUGUUAUUGACAAAUGGCAACAACGCAACUAUAUUUUGAUUGCGGAAUCAAUUCUUCAAACCUCUGGCCUCCUCAAGGAGGCCCAAGUCAUGAGCAAGCUCUUGGAGCAAGACACUCAUUUCCAAUUCGUGAUUUUGGAUUUAGGACAAGAACGCGGGUCAUCCUACGAUCUGAUCCUUCAUGAUAUCUCUAUUGACGAGGACGAUGCCUUGGCAAACGCACACAAGCCAUGUCUUGCCAUACGCGUUAUUGACAGUGAGCUCGGCUGCAUACACCUAUGGUCACUAGAAAAGUUGCGAUUGCGGGUGGCGAAAAUGAGACAAAUGCAUCAGUUCAAGAACCAACCAGAAUAUUUACAGCAUUUCCGUAUGGAUAAUCCAUUCAGAGACUCAGAUCAACCAUUGUUCUCUCUAGUCGGCGACGGUAGUAUUCCUUUAACGGCAGUUUUUGAGACACGGGUCCAAGAUUUUGUGGUCGAGAUAUCUUCGCCAUCAACGAGACAGGUUGUUGGCAGAGUUCGAUUAUCCUUGGAGCCGUCAUUAGCGGAGUCGCCACCGUCGAGCAUCAAAUUCAACAUUAUUAUGCGAGAUCUGGCCGGGUUUGCCGAGCAUGAGGGAACACAAGUUCAUGCUCAAAUGACAGUUCUAGGAACGCCCGACGAGAGUGUUGCCACAACUCAACCUAUCACCAACUUUGGUGAUGGGCCUAUUCGCUUCGAAAGCAUUCAUCAUCUGAGUGUUGCAAGUUCUGGUGAAAAGUCGGCCAUUAUGAAAAUUGCUAUUUUCGCACAGGUCAGCUCUACACACCUAGACAAGCUUAUCAGCUGGGAUGAAUUGCGUGAAAUGAAUGGCCAUUUUCAGGAUGAACACGCAGGUGCCCGCAUUUCAGACUCAGAAUACAAUUUAGAAGAACGUCACGAUGUGUUCGCACGGGUCCAGGUCCUCGAACUAGCUGAAAAUGGUCAGUACUUGCCUGUUGAAGUCGUGCAAAACAAUGCAGAUGAUAUUGGCGCUUUUCAACUUCAUCAAGGCCUUCAGCGCCGCAUCUCUGUCAGUAUGACCCACAGUUUCACGGAAGGCCUCCCUUGGGACGAUGUCAAAGCUUUACGCAUUGGCGGAGUCCAUUUGAUCGAUUCAUCUGGACGUGUCGCCGACCUUGGAUCGACGACCCCCGACAUACCAUUGAAACGGAUUCAAGAACCGAUGAUUAGAGACAACGCCGAUGGUACGUCAAAUAUCACCAUUGUCGGGCAAUGGGAUAGUUCGCUCCACAAAUCGCUUCUCCUUGAUCGCGUCACCAACGAGCAGUCUCGGAUACAAAUUGUCCUUUGCUGGGAUGUCAUCUCAUCUCGGCUCGAACAAGCCAUGACAUUUUGCAUCGAGCAGCAACUUCAGAUUUUGCCUAGAUCAUACGUUCGUCCUCAAUCAAUGUUUAAAUCCUUCUGGAAUCAAACGCGAAUUACUCAUUCGACGGAUGGGAUCUUCUCUAUUGUUGUUCGACCAGUCAGUGCGAAGCGUGCAGCUGAUCUAUGGCGUCUGGAUACUUCCAAGAACUACAUCAACGGGGAGGAGCUGCUGGGCAACUGGAAGCCAAGAGGAGUCUCACUCGUCAAAGAUUACUUAGUCGGCCGGCGCAAGAGACGACAAUUACAGGACAUUGAGUCAGCUAAAGCGGCCCUUGGUCUGCGGAGACUAAGCAUUAGCAAGAUGCGAUCUAGGGCCGCCUCGCCGUCGAAUAUCGACGCAAGGGAAGAACAGCUUCUUCGCAAAUUCCUGGCUAUCUGGCAGAAACGCAGCAUUGAGCUCUCCAACCCUAUUUUCGAUGAUGAGGUACAUGGCUGCAAGACAGAUACUCCGCCUGCCCGAAGUCUCGAUGAAUCUUCCUCACAACGCAAAAUCAGAUACUUGGCAAGUGUGACGGCGGUGAUGAAAAAUCCUGUUUCCCUCAAAUCUGGAUAUCUUCUCAUGCCAUCGGAAGACUAUCCCCCUUCGCCUACAAGCUCGUCCAGCACUGGAAGCAGUAUGCAGUGGAAGCGUCGCUUCAUCGAUCUCCGCCCGCCAUAUCUAUAUGUACAUUCUGUUCCCAACGGCGAAGCGAUCAAUGCGAUCAAUCUCACAAACGCUCGUAUCGACCAUGACCCGGACUUCAAGAGACUGCUCGGAAGUUCAUCUAUCUCGACAGGUGACUCGUUGGAUCGAAAUCCAGGAAAUGGGCACAGGCGGACAGGAAGUAGUGAUUUGCACCACGGCCUUGCACAUGUAUUCGCUGUAUAUGGGGAACAGAAUACAUUUCUAUUUGCGGCUAGGAGUGAAAGUCAAAAACUGGAGUGGAUCUUCAAGAUGGAUAGCUAUUUUGGACAGGAUGGAGUGGCCGAAGAAGAUACAUCUACUGAUCUAGGCCAUCAGGGCUAA